AUGAUUACAAACGAGACUGAUGACGUUUCAUUCGCGUUGACAGCCUUCUUCAUGAAAGUUUCCGGCUUUUGGAUAUCUUCAGAUCGUAAUGAACAACGGCGAAUGAAUAUUACGUUGGGUUACACUAUUUCUUUGAUCCUAUUUGCUGUCUAUGUGAUACUGAUAGAUAUGUAUCACGUGAGAAGUGAUCUCAGUGAUCUUCUAUACGCGUUGACAAAUUUUCUGACUCUGAUGAUGUGUGUAAUGAAAAUGUUCAUCAUGCUUGCUCAGAAGAAGGAAUUCUUUAAAUUAGUUAUAUAUUUGCAACGAAAGUUUUUGGCUUUACAAACAAAUUGCGACCCGUACGAGAAAUCAAUCAUUCAAGCAUGCAAACGUUCCUGCGCGAUCUGCGUUAUUCUUUUCACUCUGUUCACACAUUUGACGAUAGUUUGCUACCUUGGAGCCCCUUUAAUAGUUAACAUUGGAAAAAACGAAUCAGACAGGAUACUUCCUUUUACCAUGUGGUUUAACAUCCCAAUGUCUUUAACGCCAUAUUAUGAGAUAGCUUUUAUUAUAGAGGUGUUAGCAGUGUAUCAACUCGGCUUAUGUUACUUUUGUUUCGAUAAUUUUCUGUUCAUGAUGAACAUUCACACGACUACUCAGUUCCGUAUACUACGGCACAGACUAACGAAUAUAGAGAAUACGAGUGAGGAAGAACACGAUCAGAAGGGGCGUAUCUCAUCUUCCACAGAGAAAUGUUAUGUUACGUUCAAGGGUUACGUUCAACAACACCAAGCUCUUAUUAAGUUCUGCGAGAAUCUUGAAGAAGCAUACAAUUUAGUUGUAUUAGGGCAAAUGCUUAUUUUCAGCUUGUUAAUUUGCCUCGAUGGGUGUCAAGUACUUCUGAUAGAUACAAGCAAUGGGAAACGUUUCAUUUUUGUGUUUCACUUGGUCAGCUGCGUAGGCCAACUGUUGAUGUUCACCUAUAGUUGCGACGGUUUAAUACACGAAAGCGUGAACGUGGGUGCAGGUGCAUACGAAUCAUUAUGGCCGUGCUUGACAAUGGACAAGUAUGGAACCACGAUGAGAAAAGAUUUACUAUUUGUACUGGCGAGAUCGAAA